UUUGUGUACAUAAAUAAAUUGUUUUUCGAAAAAAACGUAAAAAUGUUGAAGUGCCAUUAAUAAAACGCUAAAUGUUAUCAAUUUAACAUAGAAUAAUAUUAGGUAAAAAAAAUCUCAACUAGAAUAAUUUUUAUAAGUAAUAAAUAUGUACACUCCUUAAUGAAAAUCUGCAAAACAUUAAUUGUACCCAUUCGCUUAAUCGCAAAAGAAUAAUCACGUAUAAAAAUAAAACAAACAGAUAUUGUUAUGACUUCCCAGUCACUUCCAGUUCACUAUUCGCUAUACAUAUAGUGUGUGAACGUAAAUCCAUAAAUCAAAACAGUGACCGAGCGAGUUUGUUGACUGUUCGUUAAUGUUAUUGCUGAAUGUAAUAUAAAACCAUAUGCGCGGUGAGCUCAUAGUCUCAUAGCGGCGACGGGGAGGAAGCGUCAAGCUCGGUUAUCUGUUGAUGCGAUUGUCGGCAGCGCGCAGCGGUCAGCCGCGACUUCAGCGAGCACUGGCCAGUGAGCACAGUUCAGAAGCUUAUCAUAUCGGAAGCGGCUUACACUUUACGAGCGCCGCGCCGGCCGGUCGUUCAGUGUUCCCAAUUUUACGAGUUCGUUGCGUGCCGUUGAACCGAUCGAACUGGAAUCAUGAGACUAUUACUGAGUUAUUUGUGUUUCGUUUUCCUAUUUAUUCGAAUACACGGUUUGACUGCAGAAAAUCUUCAUGUAUUGACUGUAGCGACUGAAGACAACCAUGGCCUCCAGCGCUACGAAAGAUCAGCCAAAGUCUACGGCAUUUCUUAUGAGGUGUUGGGAAUGGGCGAGGAGUGGAAAGGAGGCAACAUGGCCUUCCCUGGAGGGGGCCAUAAGGUCAACCUGCUCAAGAAAAAAGUUGAUGAACUGAUGGAGGGUGAUAACAAAGACAUGGUUGUCAUGUUCACUGACAGUUACGACGUGAUAUUCCUGGGCGAGGCGGAGCAGAUAGUGAACAAGUUCGAGGCGUCGGGGCGCCGCGUGCUGUUCUCCGCCGAGCCCUUCUGCUGGCCCGAGCCCGCGCUCGCCAAGGAGUACCCCGACACCACGGUGCCCAACCCAUAUCUCAACUCGGGCGGAUUCAUCGGCUACCUCGAAGAUGUGUGGAAGCUGCUGCAGUCGAAAAGCAUCGCGGACGAGGAGGACGACCAGUUGUACUACACCAAGCUGUACCUGGACGCGGAGCUGCGCAGCGCUCUCGACAUCGGCCUCGACCACACCUGCCAGAUCUUCCAGAACCUUAACGGGCAACUUUCGGACGUGAAGCUGCACACGAACGGCAGCGAGAGCGCGGGCGAGAACGCGGGCGAGGGCGAGGGCGCGGGCGAGGGCGCGGGCGCGGGCGAGGGCGCGGGCGAGGGCGCGGGCGAGGCGGAGGCGUGGCUGGAGAACGUGGCGACGGGCGCGCGGCCGCUGGUGCUGCACGGCAACGGGCCCGCCAAGCUGGCGCUGGGCCGGCUCGCCAACUACCUGGCGCGCGCCCGCACGCCGGCGCGCUGCGCGCUGUGCGCCGAGCGCCGCCGCGCGCUGCCCGCCGACGAGGCGCUGCUGCCGCGCGUCCUGCUCGCCGUCUUCAUCGAGCAGCCGACGCCCUUCCUCGAGGAGUUCCUGCAGUCGCUGCUCGAUUACGAUUAUCCCAAGAAAAAAUUGGAUCUGGUGCUGCGCAACAACGUGGAGUACCACGAGGAGGAGGUGCAGGCGUGGUUUGAGCGGCACGCGGCGCUGUACGCGAGCGCCAAGCGCGUGCGCCCCGCCGACCUGCUGUCCGAGGCGGACGCGCGCAAGCUCGCUCUGGAGCGGUGCGCGGGGAGCGCGUGCGACUACCUGCUGGCGGUGGACGGCGUGGCGCGGCUGGCGGGCGGCGCGCUGCGGCGGCUGCUGGCCAGCGGCGUGGACGCGCUGGCGCCGCUGCUGGCGCGCCCCGACCAGCCCUGGACCAACUUCUGGGGCGCGCUCUCCGCCGACGGCUACUACGCGCGCUCGCCCGACUACAUGCACAUCGUCAGCGGACAACUCCGGGGUAUCUGGAACGUACCGUUCAUCACCAACUGCUACCUGCUCAACAUGGAGCUGUUCCGCAAGCCCGCCUACAAGGGAGUCACCUACAGCAAGGAGGGCGUCGACGCCGACAUGGCCUUCUGCGAGAGUCUUAGGAAUCUUGGCAUAAUGAUGCACGUGAGCAACGAGGAGGAGAUGGGGCACCUGGUGGACCCGGAGUCGUUCGAGCCGACGCGCACGCACCCCGACAUGUACCAGCUGCUGCACAACCGCCGCGACUGGGAGCGCCGCUACAUCAGCCCCGACUACUGGCGCAACUUCGACGAGGGCAAGCAGCACAGCAUGCCGUGUCCCGACGUGUACUGGUUCCCGCUGAUGACGGCGCGCUUCUGCUCCGAGUGGAUCGACAUCAUGGAGGCGUACGGCAAGUGGAGCGACGGCUCCAACAAGGACACUCGGCUGGAGGGCGGGUACGAGGCGGUGCCGACGCGCGACAUCCACAUGAAGCAGGUGGGGCUGGACGCGCACUGGCUGCACAUCCUGCGCCGCUACGUGCGCCCGCUGCAGGAGAUGGUCUUCCUCGGCUACUACCACGACCCGCCGGUGUCGCUGAUGAACUUCGUGGUGCGCUACCGGCCCGACGAGCAGCCCUCGCUGCGGCCGCACCACGACUCCUCCACCUACACCAUCAACCUGGCGCUCAACACGCCGCAGGUGGACUACACGGGCGGCGGGUGCCGCUUCCUGCGCUACAACUGCUCGGUGGUGGACACGCGCCGCGGCUGGCUGCUCAUGCACCCGGGCCGCCUCACGCACUACCACGAGGGGCUCCGGGUGCUCUCCGGCACGCGCUACAUCAUGAUCUCCUUCGUCGACCCCUAGACGCGCACGCGCACGCGCACACGCACACGCACACGCGCACGCACACGCACACACACGUAUCGCAUGCUGUGUAGAUGAGCUGUGUGCGAACUCACCCACACUUGCGCAAAUUACCAGCAUAUCUCUAUUGUUAUUCAGUUUUAUAAUUUAGCUAUGGUUUUCAAAAUAGCACUGGAUAAAAAUAAGCAUUCUCAAUUCAUAGCACUAUCCGUAUAAAAAAUAUCAUGUUUUGAAGGAGACAGUACUAGGAUUUUAUUUAACAUAUCUUAUGAUAUAGUUUUUACUAAUAAUGUAUUUACAUUGUAAGAGAACAAUGCAAUUUUCAGCAUUUUUUUUUUUGUUUUGAUGACGUACAUGCAGUAUGUGUAAUUUUAUUUAGAUUUAAGAUUAAUAUUUGCGAAUAGAAUAUCUAUCGCUUGUGAGCUUGCAAUUUCCUAUUAGUUUUAUGAAGAGAAGAUAUUUUAUGAUAUAAAACGGGACGAAACAAUGAUGAUCGACCAUUUAAGAUAUUAUUGAUAUUGUUUAACAUAAUAUUAUUUUAUUGUGUUUUAUUAACGCUUCAUACUCCAGUGCAUUUAUUGUAAUAAAUAUUUCAUAGAAAUGUUUGUUUGCCAAAGAUCUUUGUAAUGGUUGAAUAUUGAUUAAUAAAUAAAGUUUACAAGCAUACAA